UGAAGUCACAGCAGUGCAGCAGCCUAAGGUUGGGACUUGGGUCUGGGUACUGGAUAACAACCAAGAGUAAUUACCAAGGUUGCGAGAACCAAACUGGUCAAUAAACCGGUAAAGUCAAUGGUUCAACAGUUCACCGGCUGCGAGGAGGAAGGGCAGUGGCAGAAACACAACGGCGACACACACAGAGAGAGAGAGAGAGAGAGAGCUCGAACAGAGGAGACGGCCAACGAGCUUCCAAACGACGGCGAGGGAGCUUCCAAUCACGGCGACACAGCUUCCUACGACGGCGACGGAUCUUCUACGGUGGCGGUGGAGGCUGCGUGGGUGUGGGGGCUGCGGUGGCUGUGGGGGUUGCGGGGAGCUGCGAGGCUGUGGGGGUUGCGGGGAGCUGCGAGGGCUGAUGCGGGGGCUUCGUGGCUGCAGUGGCGGCAGAGACUGCGGUGACUGCGGGCGGCGGGCUGCAGGGCUGGGUGGCUGGGGUCUAGGUUUAGUUGAUGCUGUAUUGCUGUGUAGUUUCAGAGAGGAGAGGAUAGUUGAUGCUGGGUGAGUGGGUGUGGCUGUGUUACUUUCCUU